CGCCACAUCCAAUCAGCGUCGGGUCGGUGCGUGAAGCGCAGUGACAGUGGCACCGCUGAGCGCUGCGGGCUGAGCCGGACCCGCUCCUCUCUCUCCUCCCGUCCUCCCUCUAAUCCGGGUCAGACCGACUCCGUCCCGCUCCUGGUUUUUUGUCGUGGCUCUUUGCGCUCCCUCCACCUUCCACCAUUACGUCCCAAAGCAAAACGGACUUCUUAGCGCUCGCGUCCCGGACUCUGCAGAGGAAGCGCAUCGUGGCUGCGGUGGUCGGUAUCGUCAUGGUUCUGGCUCUCAUCAUCGCCAUCCCCCUGCUGGUCCAGACCUCCAAGACCGACGCGCACUAUGAGAUGAUGGGCACGUGCCGGAUGAUCUGCGACCCCUACAACCCCAAACCCAGCGCCACGGCCCUGGAGGUCAUGCAGGACCUGAGCGCCAUCCCGUCCCCGACUUUUGUUCAAGGGACUAAAGGGGAACCGGGUCGACCGGGGAAACCGGGGCCCAGAGGACCGCCGGGCGAACCGGGUCCGCCGGGUCCGAGGGGCCCGCCGGGGGACACCGGGAGGACGGGGUUUCCCGGGGUGGUGGGCACAGCCAGGACCGAGACCAGCGGGGAACUGGGAUCCGCGAUCGGCGGCGCAAAGAUCGCGUUUUACGUGGGUCUGAAAAACCCGCACGAGGGAUACGAGGUGCUGAGGUUCGAUGAUGUGGUCACGAACCUGGGGAACCACUACGACCCCACGACCGGAAAGUUCACCUGCCAGGUGUCCGGGAUUUACUACUUCACCUACCACGUGCUGAUGCGCGGAGGAGACGGCACGAGCAUGUGGGCAGACUUAUGCAAAAACGGACAGGUCCGGGCCAGCGCCAUCGCCCAGGACGCCGACCAGAACUACGACUACGCCAGCAACAGCGUCGUCCUGCAUCUGGACUCUGGGGACGAGAUUUAUGUCAAACUGGAUGGAGGCAAAGCUCACGGAGGAAACAACAACAAGUACAGCACCUUCUCCGGGUUCCUGUUGUACCCGGACUAAUAUGGACCAUCCAGGACCGGACCAGGAUCUGACCUGGAACCCAACAUAGUCCUGACACAGGGGUGUCAAACAUAUGGCCCAUGGGCCAAAACCAGCCGCCAAAGAGUCCAAUCCUGCCCAUGGAUGAAAAUAACACUGAAGAUAUUAACAAUA